AGGAAAAUGAAAUCUACAAGACUGUAGAGUGUGGGCAAUAGUAAUAGUAGUAGUAUUCUAAAUAAUAAAUAAAUGCAGGGAAGAAUAAUAACGUUGGUAUGUGUGGCUUUGGAUUCUUGUGUGAAUUGGUGCUGCUCGCUCAGCAUAAACCCCACUUUCACCCAACCCCAUCAAUUACAAAAUUAGCAAUUUUGACUACACACGAAUAUCCUUUCUGGGUUCUGGUUCCUGUGAUGGUCAUGCUGAAGCCCUUGCUGUUCAUCGCUACCUGCAUUCUUCUUUUCAAUUCUAACACUGCCACAGAUCCAACUGAUGUUGCUUCUGUAAAGGCUAUCUUUCAAAGCAUGAAUUCACCGCCCCAACUAGGCUGGCCUGCUAACGGUGAUGAUCCCUGUGGACAGUCCUGGAAAGGCAUUACUUGUUCCGACACUCGCGUUACACAAAUCAAUUUGUCCAAUCUUGCUCUAACCGGAACAUUGGCUUACGGAUUAGACCGUUUGACAUCUCUCACCAAUCUAGACAUCAGUAACAACAAUCUUAUUGGAACCAUACCAUACCAACUUCCUCCAAAUCUCCAAAUUUUAAAUUUUGCUCACAAUAACUUGACCGGGACACUCCCUUACUCUAUCUCUAACCUCACCUCUCUUACUCACCUGAAUCUCAAUCACAAUCAGCUCCAGCAACCACUGAAUCUCAACUUUCAAAAUCUUUCUAUGCUCUCCAAAUUAGACCUCUCUUUCAAUUCUUUGACAGGCGACCUCCCUCAGACUAUGAGCUCACUUUCAGCCAUUACCACCAUGUAUCUGCAAAACAACCAGUUUACAGGCACUAUUGACAUUCUUGCUAAUCUGCCUCUCAAUAGUCUGAAUGUAGAAAACAAUAAUUUCACAGGUUGGAUACCGGAGCGGUUGAAAAACAUAGACCUUCAGACGGGUGGUAAUGCGUGGAGCUCAGGACUUGCACCACCCCCUCCUCCUGGGACGCCUCCAAUACCUAAAAGCAAACAACACCAUAAAUCAGGUGGGGGAACUACCACUGGCCAAGAUGCUGGCAGUGGCACAAAAGAUGAGGACAAAAAAUCUGGAAUAGGAGGUGGUGUUAUAGCUGGAAUUGUGAUCUCCAUCAUUGUUGUUGUGGCAAUAGUAGCAUUCUUUCUGGUGAAGAGAAAAUCGAAAAAGUCAUCUUCUGAUUUGGAAAAGUCGGGCAAUCAAUCCACUGCUCCCCCUCCUUCAAAUGAAGCACAUGAAGUUACAUCUGUGCAGACUUCUUCCGUACAUGACUUGAAGAAGUUUGACACUUCUGCCUCAAUAAAUCUAAAACCUCCACCUAUUGAUCGCCAUAAAUCGUUUGAUAACAACGAAGUCUCAAUCAACUCCCCUAUUGUCAAGAAGACUGUGACACCUCCUGCAGAUGUGCAAUCAUAUUCUAUAGCUGAUCUUCAGAUUACUACUGGCAGCUUCAGUAUGGAUCAUCUCGUUGGUGAGGGGUCUUUCGGGCGUGUGUACCGUGCUCAAUUUGAUGAUGGAAAGGUACUUGCAGUGAAGAAAAUAGACUCAUCUGUCCUUCCCAAUGAUUUUACAGAAGAUUUUUUAGAAAUAGUGUCAAACAUCUCCCAUUUACACCAUCCAAAUGUAACAGAGCUUGUAGGUUAUUGCUCAGAGCAUGGACAACACCUCUUAGUUUACGAGUUUCAUAAAAAUGGAUCACUGCAUGACUUCCUUCACGUGUCUGAUGAAUUCAGUAAACCAUUGAUAUGGAAUUCCCGUGUCAAGAUAGCUUUGGGAACUGCACGCGCUUUAGAGUACCUGCAUGAAGUUUGUUCUCCAUCAGUUGUGCAUAAGAAUAUUAAAUCAGCCAAUAUAUUACUCGAUGCAGAGCUUAAUCCUCAUCUUUCAGACUGUGGAUUGGCAAGCUAUAUUCCAAAUGCAGAGCAGAUACUAAACCAUAAUGUUGGAUCUGGAUAUGAUGCCCCUGAAGUUGCAUUGUCUGGUCAGUAUACCUUUAAAAGUGAUAUCUACAGCUUUGGGGUUGUCAUGUUGGAGCUUCUCAGUGGCCGCAAACCAUUUGAUAGCUCGAGAGCAAGACCGGACCAGUCUUUGGUUCGAUGGGCAACGCCCCAGCUUCACGAUAUUGAUGCAUUGGCUAAAAUGGUUGAUCCUGCCCUGAAAGGGUUGUAUCCUGUUAAAUCUCUGUCACGUUUUGCUGAUGUUAUUGCCCUAUGCGUACAGCCGGAGCCUGAAUUCCGACCACCAAUGUCAGAGGUGGUUCAAGCACUUGUACGAUUAGUGCAGCGAGCUAACAUGAGCAGGCGGACAACAUUUGGAAGUGAUCAUGGAGGAUCCCUACGAGGAAGUGAUGAUCCAGCUAUACGGGACGUCCAAAUCGGAUCAUAAUCCUUCUCUUGUAUUACUACAAUGUCCCCAAAGCUAAUGUUGUACUCACAUUUUUUCUCUCUUUCUGUUUUUCUAACCCCUCAAUCUAUACGUCUUUCUAAGUUAGAUUGAUUGCACCAUUUAUUAAGCAAUCUAGACAAAGGGUGUUGCAUGAUAUUUGAGUAACUACUUUUAUUUUUGUAAUUUUGUAAUAUAAAGUCAAGGUUGCAUUCACCAAAAAAAGAGUCAAGGUUGCAAAGUUGAAACUCAAUUUAGGUUGAUGUUACUAUAUUCUGUUUAUGAUAACUAAUCAUCUUUGGUUUCA